CUCUUCCGGAGCAGCGGGCAGGGCUGGCCGCGGCCGUGCGGCGGUUUUAAACUUAGGAAUUUUAAUUAAAGAAUGAACUUUAACUUUUAUGAAGCAAAGUAGUUUUCAUUUGUCAGUUAAUACAGUGCAUUACAUAUGUGCAUAGUUUUGAACACAACUUCAGCCUACUUGAAGCAGUGGCAAUUACUGGUGAACCAUGUCUUUUCAUUCUGGACGAGGAUGUCCCCGUGGACAGGGGGGACCAGGAGCAAGAACUUCAGCACAGACUUAUCGUCCUCAGAACCUGCGGCAGCUUCACCCCCAACAGCCCUCUGUACAGUACCAGUAUGACCAACAAGCUGCACCUUCAGCUACCUAUUCAAACCCUUCAGCCACCAGUUACAUGCCUCCCAGGCCAGACUUUGUUCCAUAUCCCCCACCGGUUCCCCCUUCCACACAAAAUCCCAUUAACCAAUGUCCCAUGAGGCCACCAUUUCCAAACCAUCAGAUGAGGCAGAGCUUCCCAGUGCCUCCAUGCUUCCCUCCCGCUCCUCCACCAGUGCCAGCCCCUAGCAGUGCUCCUGUACCAGCAACUCCUACUGGACAGAGCACCUUUCCAUACAUGAUGCCUCCUCCCGCAGUACCCCAUCCUCCCCCACCACCAGUCAUACCACAGCAAGUCAACUACCAACCUGUGUAUUCCACAGGGUAUUCCCAACAGUCGUUCCCACCACCUAACUUUAAUAGCUAUCAGCACAACUCUGGCUCCUUUCAGAGCAGCACUACCAGUAGCAGCAGCAGCAGCAGCAGCCAUUUUCGGCACACGGGUCAGUACCAGGGAGAAAAAUCACAAAGUGAUCGACGAUCUCCGGAGAGGAGCAAGCACUACGAUGAGCACCGGCAUCGUGAGCACAGUCACAUCCACGGUGACAGGCAUCGGUCCAAUAACCACGGGGAUCGUCGGGAUCGAGGCCGCAGUCCUGACAGGAGGAGGCAGGAAAGCAGUCGGCACCGGACAGAGUAUGACAGAGGAAGAAUGUCACCUCAUCAUAGAAGUUAUGAGCGUAGCAGGGAGCGUGAGAGGGACAGGCAUAGGCACCGUGACAGCAGAAGAUCACCAUCACCAGACAGGUCCUACAAAAAAGAUUAUAAAAGAACAGGAAGCCGCUCUCCAAGCAGAGAAAGGAAAAGGCCCCGAUGGGAGGAAGAAAGAGAAAGGUGGUCUGAGAGCCAGAGUGGCAACAAAGAAAAAAAUUACACUAGUAUCAAAGACAAAGAGUCAGAGGAGAACGCAUCUGAAAAAAAUGAAGAUGAAGAUGAUGAAUUACUUAAACCAGUCUGGGUUCGCUGUACCCAUUCGGAAAGCUAUUAUUCCAAUGACCCUAUGGAUCAAGUGGGGGACUCUACUGUGGUAGGCACAAGCAAGCUCCGAGAUCUGUAUGAAAAGUUUGAGGAGGAGCUAGGAAAACGACAGGCAAAAGCCAAGGCAGCCAGGCCGCCAUGGGAGCCACCGAAGACCAAGCUGGAUGAAGAUCUUGAGAGCUCCAGUGAGUCAGAAUGUGACUCUGAUGAUGACAGCAGCUGCUCUAGCAGUUCGGAUUCAGAAGUUUUUGAUGUCAUUGCAGAAAUUAAGCGUAAAAAAGCACACCCCGAUCGUCUUCAUGAGGAACUGUGGUACAAUGAUCCAGGACAGAUGAAUGAUGGACCGCUGUGCAAGUGCAGCGCUAAAGCUCGACGAACAGGGAUAAGACAUGGCAUUUAUCCUGGUGAAGAGCCCAUUAAACCAUGUCGCCCCAUGACCAACAAUGCUGGAAGACUGUACCACUAUCGAAUUACGGUGUCACCUCCCACAAACUUCUUAACAGACAGACCUACGGUUAUUGAGUAUGAUGACCACGAAUAUAUAUUUGAAGGAUUCUCCAUGUUUUCACAUGCUCCACUAACAAACAUUCCUCUGUGUAAAGUAAUCAGAUUUAACAUUGACUAUACAAUUCAUUUCAUUGAAGAGAUGAUGCCUGAGAAUUUUUGUGUGAAAGGUCUUGAGCUGUUCUCUUCUUACCUAUUCAAAGAUAUUCUGGAGCUGUAUGACUGGAAUCUUAAAGGUCCUUCACUUGAAAAUGAUUCUGUUUCCUGCCCCAGAUUUCACUUCAUGCCGCGAUUUGUGAGAUUUCUUCCAGAUGGAGGGAAGGAAGUAUUGUCGAUGCAUCAGAUUCUUCUCUACUUGUUACGAUGCAAUAAAGCUUUGGUGCCUGAAGAAGAGAUUGCCAACAUGCUUCAGUGGGAAGAGCUGGAAUGGCAGAAAUAUGCAGAGGAAUGCAAAGGGAUGAUCGUUACCAGCCCUGGCAUGAAACCCAGCUCAGUUCGUAUUGAUCAACUGGACCGUGAACAAUUCAAUCCUGAUGUAAUUACUUUCCCCAUUAUUGUCCACUUUGGGAUACGACCUGCUCAACUCAGCUAUGCUGGAGAUCCUCAAUAUCAAAAACUGUGGAAGAGUUAUGUGAAACUGCGUCACCUGCUAGCUAACAGUCCCAAAGUCAAACAAGCUGAUAAACAAAAAUUAUCACAGAGAGAGGAAGCACUGCAGAAAAUCCGGCAGAAGAACACAAUGAGACGUGAAGUGACUGUCGAGUUGAGCAGCCAGGGAUUCUGGAAAACAGGAAUACGCUCUGAUGUCUGCCAGCACGCAAUGAUGCUUCCUGUCCUCACCCACCAUAUUCGCUACCAUCAGUGUCUGAUGCAUUUGGACAAGUUGAUAGGCUACACUUUUCGAGAUAGGUGCUUGCUGCAGCUUGCCAUGACUCAUCCAAGUCAUCACUUAAACUUUGGAAUGAAUCCAGACCAUGCCAGAAAUUCCUUAUCCAACUGUGGGAUUCGACAGCCGAAGUAUGGAGACAGGAAAGUUCACCAUAUGCAUAUGAGAAAAAAAGGAAUAAACACCCUGAUAAAUAUUAUGUCCCGUUUGGGACAGGAUGAUCCAGCUCCUUCCAGGAUUAACCACAACGAGCGUUUAGAAUUUCUGGGAGAUGCUGUGGUGGAGUUCUUAACAAGUGUCCACUUGUACUACCUGUUUCCCACUCUGGAGGAGGGAGGAUUAGCUACGUACCGCACUGCUAUAGUUCAGAACCAACAUCUGGCCAUGUUGGCUAAGAAGCUGGAACUAGAUCGAUUUAUGCUUUAUGCUCACGGUCCAGACCUUUGCAGGGAAUCGGAUCUCCGCCAUGCCAUGGCCAACUGCUUUGAAGCCCUAAUAGGAGCAGUUUAUCUGGAGGGUAGUCUUGAAGAAGCCAAACAAUUAUUUGGACGUUUGCUCUUCAAUGACAAGGACCUGCGGGAUGUAUGGCUUAAUUAUCCACUACACCCACUCCAACUGCAGGAGUCUAAUACUGACAGGCAACUCAUUGAGACCUCUCCAGUUCUUCAAAAGCUUACAGAGUUUGAGGAGGCAAUUGGAGUCAUCUUUACUCAUGUUCGACUUCUAGCUCGUGCAUUCACUUUGAGGACAGUAGGCUUUAACCACCUGACUCUAGGCCACAAUCAGAGGAUGGAAUUCCUGGGUGACUCCAUAAUGCAGUUGGUAGCCACAGAGUACUUAUUCAUACAUUUCCCUGAUCAUCAUGAAGGGCACUUAACGUUGUUGAGAAGCUCUUUGGUGAACAACAGGACACAGGCCAAAGUGGCGGAAGAGCUAGGAAUGCAAGAGUUUGCCAUCACUAAUGACAAGACAAAAAGACCCGUAGCUCUUCGAACUAAAACUCUGGCUGAUCUCUUGGAAUCCUUUAUUGCUGCCCUGUACAUUGAUAAAGAUUUGGAAUAUGUUCACACUUUCAUGAAUGUAUGUUUUUUUCCACGACUAAAGGAAUUCAUUUUAAAUCAAGAUUGGAAUGACCCUAAAUCUCAGCUUCAGCAGUGCUGCUUGACUCUCAGGACAGAAGGAAAGGAACCAGAUAUUCCUCUUUACAAUGUAAGGAAUUGGAAUAUUUUAUAUGGAAUGAUUACAACAGUGGCUAUUUGGAUAUGAAGACAAAUGGGAUGGAGGUAUCUUGACAGUAAUAGUAUGAAGUUUCUCUGCAUCCCUGCAGAAGCACAACAAAUGUUUUGUUACAUAUUCUGCUUGUGGGCCGCAGAGUCAGAUGCAUUUGAAGGGCAGUAAUGAUCCUGGAUAUUUUUGGUGUGCAAUUUACCCUGUAUCUGUCUUCCUGUAUAGUAACAGAAGAGCUCAGGGCAAUGAAUUUUAGCUAGGACGCCUCAGUUAGAUACCUAAAUCUGGAUUAGAUGGAUUUCCCUUCUCUUUCAGUCUUAAAAUAGAUAAUAGCUGCUUUAGUGGCAAUAAUAAAAUUUAAGAAUUGUAUGCUUUGUUCACAUCUACUCAGUUAUGUAGGAAUGUGUGCAGUAUUAAUCUCCAAAAGAAGAGUUAAAGGCUAAGAAAGUUCAAGAUUUUUGCUGUUGGGAUUAUUUGAUCAAAAAUACAUGAAGAAUGAAAGUCUGAGUGCAUUUGUCACAUUUACUGAAGAAAAGUUCUCAAUGAAUUGUAGCAAUUCGGUUAGUGAGAAACAAUACUCUUCAGACAUAUGAUCGUUUCAACACUGUAACUGAUGCUUUGCAAGCAUCACUUCUCAGUGUCAUGGUGUGAGGGCUUACACCUUCAUCUUGAGUGAGGGAAAUGAAUACAAAAGAUGCGAUUCCUGAUUCUUGUAAAACCCACUGAGUAUCAAGUACCAAAUGUUUGUUUUGUUUUUGCUAUGGCAAUAAAUUGAUUUCUGUCUUACAGCUUAGAGCUAGUAAUAUGCUGUUAUCUUCCUAUUAUCUUGUUAAAUUCUUUUUCUUGUGGUUAUGUGUUUUGCUGCACUUAGUGCUGCACCCCAGUCAGCCACACUGGGGUGACUUUUAUUUGCUCGUGUUUAUUCUUACACAGCACACAGAGUACUAUAGUUAGAUGCUUAAAAAAUUGAUGUGAAAUUGUUGCUUCUUCCAAAAAGAAACAAGGUAAUGGACAGAACUCAAGCUGACAGCAGGGAGAGAUUUGGGACAGAAGGAAGAGACAGCCGAAGAAGCAAAUUCAUUGCAUGUCUAGGGAAUUAUCUUUUUCCCCUGUAGGUGGUUGUUGAUGCAUGUCCUAGACGUUCCUAGUUCAAAAGGAGAGUUUGUUUUGUGGCAGAAACUCAAACUUUACAAAGCUGAUGGAAAAAUACUGUGACAAUUCAUGGUGUAGUGAGGUACCUUAUCCUGUAUGAAGUCUUUGCUAGAUGAACAACUCUCUGUGAUUAAAAUUAUAGAGUGCACAAUCAUAUUGGUGUGUUUAUUUGCAAUUGCACAGAUUCAUGUAAUUUAAGUGAUUUUAUUCCAAGUGUAUUCAGUGUUUCAGCACUUCGUGCAUACUAUGCAUUUUUUCCUACAAGUGAAAGUUUUGUUUUCACAGAGUGCUCCUGACUAAACAUUGAAGAAUAAGUACAUUCGAUAUGAAUGAGAUGCAUUUUAUAUAAAUUACUUCUCUUUGUUGCACACGCACCAUAUGGGUGAUCUGUGGGUUAAUGUAGUUUAUAAAGCCAUCCUUCAACUCUUGCUCCAUGCUAUGCAUUAGUUCCACUAAAUGUAUUUACCGGACUGAAAGCUUGGUGAUGUAUGUGCCACUGACAGAUUCUGCUUUUUAAUACUUCCUGCCUGAAUAAAU